CCCCUCACCCUCUAUCUGGCCAGUGCUGAUUGGCCCUGUGCUGGCCACAUGCACCCUACCAAACCAAAGAAAAAAAAAAAAACUCUAGCAGUUCACCAAACUGAGCAUGUGCAGAAUGACUCCUAGAGCUCUGGAUGGAUGGAUUGGGGACAGUAGAAGAAGGGGAGGAUCAGAGAAGACAGGAUAAAACAGCCUUUUUACACAGUGCAAAGGAUUAACCCCUUAGGUUCCAUGUGAGUAUAACAAGCAUGCUUUACUGCAUAUACAGACUGAUCUUACUGUUGGGGGUUUAGUAACACUU